AUGGGGGUCAAGGGUCUCACGCCACUGCUCGCGCGCUUUGCGCCUGCCAGCAUUUCAACAAUUUCGCCAUGUACACUGUCUGGCUGGACAUUGGCAGUCGACACGAGCAUUUUCAUCCAGCGCUUCUUCCGCAGCCCUUCGCCGUCACCGCAAUCACGGCACAUCCAGGGCAUCUACGACCUGGCCACAUAUAUGCAUUCGCUAGAUAUCACCCCUAUAUUUAUAUUUGAUGGUGCCACACGCGCGCGCGGCAAAGAGCGCGAGCUCCAGAAGCGCCGCCAGGACCGCAUCCGCCUGCAGCAGGAGUACGAGCGCGCGCAGGCACGGCAGCAGCGCAUCCGCACCAUGCAGGAAAUCGGCAUUGCGGUUCUGGAGGACAUGCCGGGCGAAAUCUCGGCGGAAUCAUGGGAGAAAUCACGGGCGGUGGAGUGGCUACAAGAGGGGCUUGCAAGGGAGAUAAUGGCUGGACAUACGGUGGAUGCACGCUUGGAUGUGCUGGAGCAGGAGGCUGCCAAAACAAUGCUGUUCCAGAUGGGCGACUCGGCAGUUUCUGCCGAUGAUCUGCCCGAGCACAAUGCGCUGGAGCUGCUGGCUCAGCUUUCGAGCGAACGGCUCGAUGUGCUGGCACGGCGUGCCGAGCCGCUAACAAGACAGCACGUUGAUGAGUGCCGGCAGCUGGUGCGGGCGCUCGGCUAUGCUGCAUAUACGGUGGAGGACGCGGAGAGCGAGAGCAUGUGUGCGGCGCUGGUAAAGGGCGGCGUGGCCGACGCUGUGUGUACUGAGGACCUGGACGUGCUGGCGUUUGGUGGCCGCCUGGUGCGCAGCUUCUAUACGCCUGGCCAGGACGUGCUAGUGAUGGAUGUGCAGCAGGCAAUUGCCGGGCUGGGACUCAAAGAUAUGCACCAGUUCCGCGACCUAUGUAUUCUGUGUGGCACGGAUUUUGCGUCGACACUGGAGCGUGUCGGCCCGGUCACGGCGCUGAAGCUCAUUAAAAAGUUCGGCACCAUCGAGCAGAUCCUGGAGUCGGGCACCUACCGACAGCGCGACGGCUUUGAUUACCAGCUGGCGCGGGAGAUCUUUGGGAGAAAUGUCAAGCUGCCGUUCAGCACCAGGGAGGAGGUCCGUCCGCGGUCGGCAGACCGAGCCGAGCUGGACCGCCUGCAGAGGCUGUUUGGCGUGCGCCUGCUGGCGGGCCAGGCCGCUGGGCUGGAUCCGUUUGCGGCUGGUGCACUGUUCUAG